AUGAGCUGCUUGCGGGAGGAGGAUGAUCCCUAUGUAAUCGAAGAGCCCAGCGACGAGGAACCGGCGCAGAGCAGCUCUGAAGAUGAAGUAGAUGUACUUUUACAUGGCACCCCUGAGCAGAAGCGCAAGCUGAUAAGGGAGUGUCUGACUGGAGAAAGUGAAUCCUCUAGUGAAGAUGAGUUCCAGAAAGAAAUGGAAGCUGAGCUGGACUGCACCAUGAAAAAUAUUGAAGGCAAAUGGAAAUUGCAGCUUACAGAUGCAUCUUCUAGUGCUGGGCAAUCUGGAACUGUCACCACUUCAAAGUACUAUGAUGACAUUUAUUUUGAUUCUGAUUCAGAGGAUGAAGACAAAGCAGUUUCUCAAGAAGCCAAGAAAAAACGGAAACAUAAACAACGUCGAAUUCCAACUAAUGAUGAGUUGCUGUAUGACCCAGAAGAAGAUAAAAGAGACCAGGAAUGGGUAGACAGGCAAAGAAGAAGGUAUCAUAAUAUAAGAAGUGCUCAGCCUGAAGGGAAGCAAGUCAGACUUCCAGCCAUUCCAAGCAGUGAUGCUGUUUUGAAUUGUCCUGCCUGCAUGACUACGUUGUGCCUCGACUGUCAGAGACAUGAAACAUACAGAACUCAGUACAGAGCAAUGUUUGUGAUGAACUGCACUGUUAUCAAAGAGGAGAUUUUGAAAUACAAAGGCCCAUUGAACAAGAAGACAAAGAAAGCGCACAAGAAAAUUAAACAGAGUACUGAAUCCGUCUCUGGCCAGGAAAAACAGGAAGAGGAGGAGAUAUAUCACCCAGUAAAAUGUACUGAAUGUUCAACAGAAGUGGCUGUCUUGGAUAAGGAUGAAGUUUUUCACUUUUUCAAUAUUUUAGCAAGCCACUGUUAAAGUGCAUAAACUAUGUUGCUUAAGACUGUAUUAAAUUUCAAAAGCAGGGUUUUUAUUUGU